GAGCUGAACCUCGCGUUCGCCACUCAGACACACGCCUCUUUCCUUGAGCACUCGCUAGGACCGACUCGUUCCACUCAUGAACCCGCACCAGCAGCAGAAUCAUUUUCUGGAAAUAGACAAGAAGAACUGCUGUGUGUUCCGGGAUGAUUUCAUAGCCAAUGUGCUGCCGACGGUGUUGGGGCUGGAGUUUGUGUUCGGGCUCCUGGGCAAUGGCCUUGCCCUGUGGAUUUUCUGCUUUCACCUCAAGUCCUGGAAAUCCAGCCGGAUUUUCCUGUUCAACUUGGCUGUGGCUGACUUUCUCCUGAUCAUCUGCCUGCCAUUCUUGACGGACAACUAUGUGAGGAAGUGGGACUGGAGGUUCGGGGACGUCCCUUGCCGGCUGAUGCUGUUCAUGCUGGCCAUGAACCGCCAGGGCAGCAUCAUCUUCCUCACGGUGGUGGCUGUGGACAGGUACUUCCGGGUGGUCCAUCCUCACCACGCUCUGAACAAGAUCUCAAAUCGGACAGCGGCCAUUAUAUCCUGCCUCUUGUGGGGUGUCACCAUCGGCCUCACAGGUCACCUCCUGUACAAAAAAAUGUUGAUCAGGAACGAAGAUGCGAAUUUGUGCAGCAGCUUUAGCAUCUGCCAUACCUUCAGGUGGCAUGAUGCCAUGUUCCUCCUGGAGUUCAUCCUGCCCCUGGGCAUCAUCCUGUUCUGCUCAGCCAGAAUCAUCUGGAGCCUGCGCCAGCGACAAAUGGACAGACAUGCCAAGAUCAGGAGGGCCAUCAACUUCAUCAUGGUGGUGGCCAUUGUCUUCAUCAUCUGUUUCCUGCCCAGCGUGGCUGUGCGCAUACGCAUUUUCUGGCUCUUGCACACCGUGGGCACGAGGAACUGUGACAUCUAUCGCUCAGUUGACCUGGCAUUUUUCAUCACCCUUAGCUUCACCUACAUGAACAGCAUGCUGGACCCUUUGGUGUACUACUUCUCCAGCCCAUCUUUUCCCAACUUCUUCUCCACCCUGAUCAACCGCUACCUGCGGGAGAAGACGCCCCAACAGUCAGAUAAUAACCAGAGCACAAGCAUGGAGCUCACGGGGGAUCUGAGCGCCACCAGGAGUGUGCCAGACAAUUUAGUGGCCCACGCCGGUGAGCCAUGGAACCCGUCUUAUCCGACCCCAGCUUCUCGCUAAAUACCCGAGCCAAGAAGUGAGAUGGUCACCAAGAACCAAGGUCUCUGGGGAAAGAGUUUGGCUGGGUGCACACAGUAACAUCAUGAGACGUGGCCUGUGGUUUCCUGGAAUUUCCAGAUUCGGAGAAUCGGAUUUAGAGAAGGAGUGUGGCAGAGUGGGCUGCCUGGUUGUGGAGCGUCACCAGAGGACUCUUGGGAGGAACAGAGAGUAAAGCUUCUGAGACUUCUGCUCAGUCUCUGGCACUCACAGAACCGAAGACGGCCAAACUGUCCACACUUCUGCAGAGUAGAGCUGGAGCCAGGGAGACGCCCAUGAGCACCCGUGAUUCACUGGCCUCCUUCCCUCACCUGCCUGAGGCAGGGAUGGCUCUCAGCUCCUGGGGGCGAUACCCAGUCGGUCGGGCUCUAGCCGGGAUAAGGAAAGCUAAGUGGUUGGAGGGGAGUUAUGGCCCCUGGGCGGAGGCCAGGAAUCAUUAAAGAAGCCAGUAGGUCACCCACAUUCCAAGGGACCGAUUCAUCUUUCAGCCAAGCUUUAGCAGAAAAGCACCGGGCAGGAGACUCGUAAGCUUUGGUUAAUAUCUGAGUUUCCGGUUGCGGUAAGAGAGGGAUUAGCCAGGGCAGGACUGAGCAAAACAGUCUUACUGAGAGAAAGAAAAGGCAUUUUGCAGCAACCUGCGCCUAAUCCAUUCCUCUUCUGCUGACUAAUUGGAAGGCUGAGGGUUAGAGGCUUCAGAGAAGACAGCUGCUUCCCACCUGUUUGGUUUUGUCGUUAAAAGGGAAAUGCUGCCCAAUGGUUAGAGGGAGAAGGUUCCUUCUGGUUCAUUUGCUUGUGUUCCUGUCCUUAUAAGAAAUCUACCACUUCAAUAAAUUUUGAUGUGAGACACACAGUCUGGUGUUGCAUGUGUCUGGGUGAUGGUUCACAGAAAGGGACUUCUUACUUAAGCGGAGACCUUUAUGGGUUGUUAACUGUGUCCCGACAGAACAUACCAAAUACUGUCAAGUAAGGAAAGGAGGUAGACACUGAGCUGCAUCAAGAGAGUUAAGUAAAAAUUGCACCUGCUUUAGGACCAGGAUGAGGAAGGGCUGGGAAUAAGUAAAAAUCAUUUAAUUUGGAAGGGUGGCGCUAACAGGGUUGCAGGGGCCCUGUACAUUCUAUUUAGGGUGAAUAUUGCUAUGACUAUUUGUGUCUUAAAAAAGGAAUUGGGACAGACCGGGGUGUUUGCAGAAGAGGGAGGGAAAAGAAAGAAUUUCCUAUGGAACAGUUUCUGUUCCCAGUUCUGGGAUGGAAAGGAGAUGUACCGGUUUGAGUCUGUGAUCAGUCCAAGUUUCUGUUACGCUUUCAUCCCCAGCCUGUCCCUCCUUGAUUCCUUAGCAAGAUGCGGCUUGCUUUGCCAUCCUGACUCAGAUACAGAUAAGAAAGGGAGAGACUCAGACUCCAAGCCAGAGCUUAAAUGGCAAAAAAUGAAGAACAGACAGACGUUCUCAUAUUGAAGUGCUUUCGGAGUGCUUUGCUUGCCCGGUUCUCCUGUUGAUUCCUACAAGUAGAAAGUUAAAGCAGAGAUCACCUCAAAGAGAAGAAGUGGCAGACAUGAGCUCAGAGGAAAGGAGUACGUUCCCCCAGCUUCCCAUGCAUGAGUCAGCAGCGAGCCUGGCUGGGAAACUCGGACCAGUUCAGCACUAACUCACAUCCGUCCGUUUGCUCAGGAGUUCCAUCAGCUUUCAUUUAUUUAUUCAUUUUUAAAGCAGGCUCUGUGUCCAAGGUGAGGCUUGCAUUCACAACCCUGAGAUCAAGAGUUGCAUGUUCUACUGACCGAACCAGCCAGGCGCCCUUCCAUCAGCUUUUAGGUAUUAAGCACCAAUGAUGUGUCAGAUGCUGCUCUGGGUGGUUGGUGGAGAUAGAACAAGGCACAGGGGGGGACGCCUGGGUGGCUCAGUCGGUUAAGCAUCGGCCUUUGGCUCAGGGCACGAUCUCGGGGUCCUGGGAUUGAGCCCGGCGUCAAGCUCCCUGCUCAG